UUUUUAAGAAAUUCUCAUUUACAGAGGAAGUCAAUGGAUUCCAGGAUUCCACACAGCAUAACUGUGGUACCAAAUUCAGUUAUGGUGCAGCCUCUACUAGAUGGUCGUGUUCCAUAUGGGAGAUUACAACAUCCACUCACUAUCUUGCCUAUUGAUCAGAUGAAGACCACUCAUCUUGAAAAUGAUUACAUUGACAACCCGGCUCUUAGUCAGCUGGCCAAUCAAAAGCUCAGCAGGGGCUCACAUGAGCCUUUGCUCGUCAAUCAACAUUUGCAGAGAUGUGAAGCUGAUAUUACACACCCUUGGAUAUCUUUCAGUGGGCGACCCAGCUCAAUUAGCAGUAGCAGUAGCACCUCUUCAGAUCAGAGACUCUUGGACCACAUGGCCCCACCUCCUGUGGUUGAUCAGUCUCCACCUAGGGCAGUAAGGAUACAGCCUAAAGUAAUUAAUUGUAAGCCUCAGGAUGUUAAAGGACCCUUGAAUCAAGAAUUGGACAAGCACUUUUUACUUUGUGAGGCCUGUGGCAGAUGUAAAUGCAAAGACUGUACAACUCCUCGGACCUUACCAUCUUGCUGGAUUUGCAACCAGGGAUGUCUGUGUUCUGCACAAAAUUUGGUCAACUAUUCAACUUGCAUGUGUCUAGUCAAGGGAGUUUUUUACCACUGCACCAACGAAGACGAUGAAGGCUCCUGCGCAGAUCAUCCAUGUUCUUGCUCUCACUCCAACUGUUGUGCUCGCUGGUCUUUCAUGAGUGCCUUGUCAUUGGUCCUCCCAUGCUUGCUCUGCUAUCUUCCUGCUACUGGCUGCUGUGUGAAACUUUCUCAGAAAUGUUAUGACCAAGCGAGCCGACCCGGGUGCCGGUGCAAAAACACAAACAGUGUCAUGUGCAAAGCAGCGGACGCAGUCAGCAGACCAGAAAAGCCAUUUUGA